AUGGCGCCUUGCUCGGGCUUCUAUUGUCUGAACAACGCACAGCAGACCGGUGCCAUAUUCUGCAUUGUCACGACUAUUGUCAUUCUAGCAUUGGUGUACUGGUAUGUGGUCCUGAGAAAACGCCCACAGCAUGCACAGGAUGAUCCGGAAUGGGAGAUGGUGAUGAUUCGUCGCCGCCGAAAUCCUACACCCCAGCCUACUACUCCUCUGCCUCGACACUUAAAGAGCCGAUUCUGGGGCAAGUUCAUGGAGCGCAUGCGUGGAAAGAAAGAUAAUUCCAAACCCGACCCUUCAACGCGCUCUGAACAUCGAGUAGCAGCGACGCAAACUGAGCCUCCUGGCCUCUUCCAACACCCGUUUCAGGUUCAGCGUCCUCCACCAGUUGCCCAGCCCCCUUUUGUUACCCAUCCUCCUCCUCCUCCUCCUCCUCCUCCUGGAGUCGGCACCCUUGGACUACAGCAGCCUCAAGGCCAGAUGAACACCGGCCACCCAGGUCCAGUUCUCUUCUCAUCUACAGCGCCUUUUGGCAAUGGCACUCAUGUCAUGCACGGCCAUCCAAUUCUCCUGCAGCCUCUACCAGUAUGCCCUUCGGUUCCCCCAGUCAUCCCGCAGAGUCAGCCUGCACCUCAUCAGACGCCAGUGGAUACCCCGAAGCGUUCGUUCUGGUCCAGGUUCACUCGGGACCAUCGUCCGAUCUCGCAUCCACCUCCUGGACGAGCUUCGACACUGCUUAGCACCCCAUCAACCCGAGCCUCACGGGAAAACUCCCGCUCCAGGUCUCGAUCUCUGUCAAGAGGAAGGACCUUGGAGAGAAGUUCUAGUGUGUAUGAGACCAAACGCAAGUCUCGCAACCCUGCCAGACAACAAUGCACGCCGAGGAGAGCCAAUAGACAAGAACAUAGCCGAGAUAACAUCUCCGCCGACAAGAUCGUCCCUCCCAGGAGGCAAGACGCACAGAUGGGUACUCCUGUCUUGCCAAAGGCAUCUGAUGGCCAAAGGCCUCAGGCUACAUCACAGCCCCGACCUGCUGGUGGUCGUCGCCUUCCAUCGACAGAAUCACUUCGACCCUCCACCCCAUCCUACCCGGCUUCAAGCGUGAGCGAGGACCAGCCACGAGAGGAAGGCGCAACGAUCGGCCAGCGUCUCGCACAACUCGUGCCCCAAGCGCUACAAGCCCAGGGUAAGGCUGCUGAAGAACAGCAAGAGGUUCGCAACCCUCGACACGGCUUGCCACGCUCGCAGGAGAGAGUGUAUGGCCGUCAGGGUGACGAGAGGCGCAAGGUCGCCCAAGAUGAUGACGAAACCAGGAUGGUCUACGAGAAUCGCCACGGCCCAUAUCGACACGACGGGGUGAUCCCGGAUGGCCAAGCGGUACGACCGCACCCUACACCAGCUCGGGACCACAACCAGGCAGACAACCAAUCGGUGCACUCGGACGCAGAGACUUACCGUUCCUUGUCCUCUGGCAUGGUCGCAGAAGCCGGAUCAGACUAUUCUGACGCGCGACCGACUCGACGGACCAAUGGCCGAAAGAAGCAGGAGAAGCGGGAGGAGUAA